GCCCGGGCCGGGGCGCGGGGGCGGUCGCACCCUCUCCGCGCUCAGAGAAACGUACGCCCCCUUCCCGGCUCCUCUCCACCUCCGGACCCGAAAGCUCAGAGCCCCUGAAUUAGGUUUUCAGGGCCCAGUCUCCGGGCCCCUGACCUUUUUUAUCCAUCUUUGUCGGGAUCACUUCGCCGGCUCGCUCCGUCCUCCUUUCUUGCGCUUCACGGAAGCGUCCGGGUGCCGGGCGUCUCCUUUCUAGGGGAGAGGGAAGCAUGAGGCCAGCAAGGGUCCCGACGCCUCGGGAGGAGGCUGGAAGACGCGCUGCCCUGCCUGAUUCCUCAGCUUCUCCUGUGUAAUCAGCUGCCCGUAUGAAAAUUGGGCAGGCCUGGUGACUGGAUGCUGUGUCACUGACUGGUCCUCAGCAUACCAUGCAGAAGUAACAUGUUCCCAGCACUGGAACCAGAGCUAAAGCAGGAGACCCUUCUUGAUCCCUAUGAAGAGUUUAUGUACCAUCAUCUCCAGUACUAUGGCUACUUUAAAGCACAGAGAGGCAGUUUGCCAAAUUCUGCUAAGAGUCAGCACGUUUGGAAGAAUAGUCCUGGAUACCUGUUGAGUGGCUCUUUCGGGGAAAGGGAUGACCCCCUGCAAAAGGAGAAGCUUCUUUGGCCUAGCUGUCUCUCUUCCACUGUGCACAGACAGACAGAAGCUGUGAGCAGAGAUUCCCUUAUGCUGAGUUCACCACUUUUUAAGAGCAGACAGCUUCUUCAUGAUGAGUUUGGUGAAGUAAACCCACGACUUCGGGAACCCCGAGAUCUCUUUGCCCUUUUCUCUAGCAGUGGACCACUGCAGGCUCCAAGAUGGCCAAUAGAAUGUGAGGUCAUCAAAGAAAAUAUUCAUCAUAUUGAGUGGGUUCCACCUAUUCCAGAAUAUUUUUAUCAACCUACAGGAAAUGAAAAGGUACCAGAAAUUGUAGGAGAAGAAAGAGGCACAGUUGUCUAUCAGUUAGAUUCAGUACCAACAGAAGGUGCCUAUUUCACCGACUCCAGAGUGGGGGGCAAACGAGGAAUUAUCAAGGAACUUGCUGUUCCCUUGCAAGGACCAGAAGACAGUACUCUACUGUUUGAAUCAAGGUUUGAGAGUGGGAAUCUGCAAAAAGCUGUCCGAGUAGACACCUAUGAAUAUGAACUCACUUUGCGAACUGACCUCUACACAAAUAAACACACUCAGUGGUUUUAUUUUCGAGUUCAGAACACCAGAAAAGAUAUCACCUAUCGCUUCACCAUUAUCAAUUUGCUAAAACCCAAGAGCCUGUACACUGUAGGGAUGAAACCACUCAUGUACUCCCAACUGGAUGCGAAAGCCCGCGGCAUUGGCUGGAGGAGAGCAGGAAGUGAGAUCAAGUACUAUAAGAACCACAUGGAUGAUGGGCAGCAGCCCUUUUACUGUCUCACAUGGACCAUUCAGUUCCCACAUGACCAGGACACUUGCUACUUUGCACAUUUCUACCCUUACACAUACACUGACUUGCAAUGCUACCUCCUGUCAGUGGCAAACAACCCUGUUCAGUCUCAGUUCUGCAAACUUCGAACUCUAUGUAGGAGCCUAGCAGGAAAUACUGUCUACCUGCUCACCAUCACCAACCCAUCGCGGACCCCCCAAGAAGCAGCUGCAAAGAAAGCUGUGGUCUUGAGCGCCAGAGUCCACCCGGGGGAAAGUAAUGGCUCCUGGGUCAUGAAAGGGUUUUUGGACUUCAUCCUUAGCAACUCCCCAGAUGCCCAGCUCCUUAGAGAUAUCUUUGUCUUCAAAGUGGUUCCCAUGUUAAAUCCGGAUGGAGUGAUUGUGGGGAAUUAUCGGUGUUCAUUGGCUGGAAGAGACUUGAACAGGCAUUAUAAGACCAUUCUGAAGGAGUCUUUCCCUUGCAUCUGGUACACCAGGAACAUGAUUAAAAGACUUCUUAAAGAACGGGAGGUUCUCUUGUAUUGCGACUUCCAUGGCCACAGCCGAAAGAAUAACAUCUUCCUGUAUGGUUGUAAUAACAACGAUCGCAACUACUGGCUUCAUGAACGAGUCUUCCCUUUAAUGUUAAGCAAAAAUGCACCAGAUAAGUUCUCUUUUCAUAGUUGUAAUUUUAAGGUCCAAAAGUGCAAAGAAGGAACAGGACGAGUUGUGAUGUGGCGGAUGGGAAUCCUAAACAGCUACACCAUUGAGUCUACCUUUGGCGGGUCCACGCUGGGCAAUAAAAGAGACACUCACUUUACUACUGAGGACCUGAAGUCCCUAGGUUAUCACGUCUGUGACACCCUUCUGGAUUUCUGCGAUCCUGACCGAACCAAGUUCAUGCAGUGUCUAGCAGAGCUCAAUGAGCUCUUACAACAGGAAAUCCAUAAGAAAUUCAGUGAACUUGGACAAGAUAUGGAUUUAGAAGGAAGUUGGAGUGAUAUCUCUUUGUCUGAUAUUGAAUCCAGCACCAGUGGUUCUGACAGCUCCCUCUCAGAUGGCCUCCCUAUUCACCUACUGAACAUAGCUGAUGAGUUGAAUCAGGAGAAGAAGUUGUACAAGAAGAAAAAAAAGAAGCCACUUCAGACUAGGAAACAACGCAAUAAACAGUAUCAGAAAAAUAAUUUGAUGCCGAAGUUAAAGUUAACGGAAGAUGCCCCGGAAAGGGCAGGGUUUGCUUCUACUCUGCAAAAGCAGCCUACAUUUUUCAGAAAUUCAGAGAAUACCAGUUCAUCAACAGUGAAAAGUGAAAGACCAAGAUUGAAUGAGUCACAGUUAAAUGGAAGAGACAAAGGUACCUCCUUGGACCCAUCAAAAAUGACUGCCUUGAUUGUGACUAAGAAUAAAGAGAGAAUGCAGAGAGAGAAGACAGGAUUUCCAUUAUCAUGCUCUCCAAAGAGAAACACAAACACCAGCCAAAAGCCAGCUCCAUCUAUCAAGCCAAACUGGUCCCAGAACAGAUAUCCUGCCACCAAGAGAGCCCGCGCUCCCAUGGCCCAGUACCCAGCCUUGCACGUAUUCACCUACCCCUAGGCUGCCAGCACCACGCUCGCAGGCCUUUCUGGGCAUCUUUGGGAUUAGAUGUGUUGGGGGGAGUGUGUCCACUAUGCACCAACCUUACAGAUGUGCUUACACUGUGCAUAUGCCUUCAAGAUGCAGACCUCACGAGUUUAUUUUUUCAUAAAAUGAAAAUUUACUAUGAUGUAUACAAAAGCUUUAUCAGAAAUUGAAGGCUGUGCUCAGGAAAUUAUAACACAGCUCUACCUCUUUUUAGCCAAUAGACAGUCUCUCAAAUUAUGUGCAAAUCAGUUUUAAAAGAUCAACUCCAAUUUAAACAUGUUCUGGGAAUGCCCUGUGUUAAAGUCUGGUGUCCGAGCUUUCUAAGGACGAAUGGUGCUCAGACUGUUGUGUACCAGAUUGGCAGGGCUGGGGGUGGGAGGGGCAAGGUGUUUCCACACAGAGAAGACAAUUCAUGUAGUGACCGGAAUUUAAUGUUUGCAUGUAUUAUGUUCAACAUGGUUAUGUAAGCUU